AUGGAGGCCGGGCUGCUGAGUGCCGUCCUGGGCCUCGUCAUGGUGCAGGUGGAGACGGCCGGGCAGGACCUGGACCUGCAGAAGAUUGCAGGGUUCUGGCGGGAAGUUGGUGUGGCUUCCAACCAAAACCUGGCGCUGAAGACGCCAAAGGGGCUGGAGGCCUGGUUCCUGAGCUUGAGCGGAGCCGCGCUGACCGUGACGGCCGCGCAUAACAGCUCAGGAAGUUGUGAGACAGAAAAAAUAGUAGGCUUAGGAAUCGACAUUUCGGGGAAAUUCGUUUUUCCUGGCCACAGGGAGAUCCGCGUGGUGGACACGGACUACAAGCGCUACGCCAUCCUGCGGGUGUCCCUCCUCUGGCAGGACAAGGACUUCCAUGUGCUCAAGUACUUCACUCGGAGCCUCGAGGACGAGUUUGAACCAGGCUUCUGGAGGUUCCGGGAGAUGACGGCAGACACGGGGCUUUACCUUGUGGCCCGGCAUGGGAGGUGUGCCAAGCUCCUGAAGGAGCCCGAGACGUUGGGACUCUUGCCCCACUUUGUAGAUAGAGAAACUGAGGCCCCGGGGGCCAUGUGCUUUGCUCAAAGCCACAAUCCUAGGACCCUACCGUGGCCUAACCGCUGCCCCCCGGGGCCUUCACAAGCUGGGCAGCCCCCUGAGCCAUGCCCUCUGUGUCGCAGGAGCUGAUCUAGAGGGGCCCCCACCCCCAGGCCUGGAUACUGGAGCCCCCGCACCCGCCUCUCCAGCCGCCCUGCCCCAGGGCCGCCUGCACUCGCUCCAAUAAACCCACUGCCAAACCCGCUGCCCUGCCUGUCCUUCCUGGGAGGUGAGGGGUGACAGGUGGGGGUGGCGGGGUCAACGAAGGUGGGACUUGGGGCAGGUCAGCGCUGAUUCCAUGUCCCCGGAUCCUGCCCUGUGGACCUCUCUGCAGUCACAGCAAGAGGGGUCCUUCCAUCAUCCGGAGAGUCCCUGUGUUCUCUCAGGUGACCAAAUAAACCCCACGAACAACCCACGGCCCCGAGUGUCUUUCCAGCGGGGCAGGGCUGAGUGGUGACAGCUGGGGGCAGUGUGUUGUGCUUCCAGUGACUGCCCUAAAAAUGAUAGCAAAACUGACUCUGUGGUGGUCUGUGUUUACUGUGACCAUCGCUGGCGAAUGUGAACCAUGUCAGAUUCCACUCCUGGCUGGACCUCCAUCCGCAGAGUGCUGAGUCGUGGGGACACCACAGGCCAGGCUGGCUCCCUCUCUGUUCCCUGCUCCCUUCCCUGUGGGGUCCAGGAAACAUGUGGCUCAGAUGCAGGACGACAGCCCCCUGCCCUCUCCCCUCCCUCCUGCCCCAAGGGUCCCACCCAGCCUUGCCCUGCUCAGAGCCCACAGGCCAGGCUGCCCCAGGUGGUGGGCCCCGGGGUCAUCCUCGUGGCUACAGUCUCUGUCCUGCUCCCCAAGAGCCCGAGGCAGCCCCAGGCCCGGUUCCCUUGAGCAGAGCUCCUGGUUCGGGUCUCUCAAAUGAAAGGUGACCACACCCACUCUUGCCUACAUUCUCCCAUGGCUCCCUACUGCCCUGAACUCAAAUCCCAUGGGCAUUGUGUCCAAGGCCCUCCGGUCAUGGCUGCCCUUCUGUCCCCCUGCUGGCUCCCUCCUCUGGCCCCUGCACGGUCAGCCCAGCCUUACUCAGUGUCUGGGUCCUCGUCACGCUCUCUCUUACCCCAUGACUCGUACUGGGGUGGUCUUAUCGCCGCAUUUUCUUCCCUCAGCUGGGGCUGGGACUGGAGGACAGAAAGGAUGGUGUGGGUCAGGGAAGAAGAUGGGAGGCAGGUUUCAGCCUCAAGGUUCUGAGCACAGCCCCCGACCCAACGUGUGCAGGGCAGGAUGACCUGAAGUCUCCCGGGAGCAGCUGCCUCGCGGUUGAGGUCAAGCAACGCAGGGAGGCUAUGGGAGGACAGCCCGGCCACAGUGGAGAGACUUAUUGACCCUUGGGCAUCCAGCUGGCCUGCCAGAAAGGCCUGUUGGGAGCAAGGACUGCGCCUGAGGGAGGGGCCUGUCUGGGGCUCUCCUUAACAAACCUUGAACCAAGUCCCAAAAGACCCACAGGAGAGCUGUUUGGAAGCUGAAUUCUGACAAAUUAUAGGUGCUUGGGGUACAGUUGGGAUUAUUCACAGAUUUGUCUGGCCAAAGCUUGCAGUACGUGCAAGGUGGUCUGCCUGCAAUUGGCUUCUUGAUAGAAAGCUGUCUCAGUCUGCUCAGCCAUGUAACAAAGUCCCACGGGCCGGGCGUGGUGCUGAAACCGCAAGAUUUUAUUUUCUCACACUUCUGGAGGUUGGAAGUCCGAGAUCAGGGUGCUGACAGGGCUGGUUUCUGGUGAGGACCCCAUUCUUGGCUUGUAGACAGUGGGCUUCCUGCUGUGUCCUGGCGUGGCCUCUUCCUGUGCACACACGGAGAGCUCUGUGUCUCUCCCUCUUCUUAUUGGGCACCAGUCCUCCCAGGUUAGGGUCCCACCCUUGUGACCUCACUUAACCCUAUUACCUCCUUGAAGGCCCUACCCUCAUACACACACUGGGGGUUAUGGCUUCAACAUAGGGAUUUAGGGGGACAUGAUUCAACAAAAGUCAACAGCAUUUGGAGGUGACACCAGGAUGCGGGGCUUCUACAAUGUGUCAGAAACACACGUUACUAGACCUGCAAAAAAACAGAAAAAUAUGACCUGUGGUUUAAAAAAAGGAGUUAAUAAAAGUGAUCCUGAAGAUCCAGAGUCGGAUUUAGAAGACAAAGGUCUAAGGCAGCCAUGAUGAGUAUGUUAAUGGGACAAAAGGAAGUCGGCUCUAAGAUUUCAUCAGCAACAUGACAGAAUUAAAUAAUUAGCUAAUGAACACGGAACAAAGGAACAGGUAGGAAAAUCAAAUAGGGAAAUUCAGCAGAAAAAUGGAAACUAUAAAAAAAAAACCAAGUGGAAAUUCGAGAACUGAAAAGUGCUGUCAGUGAAAUGGAAGAUUUUCUGGACGGACUUGACAGCAGGUUAGAGACGGACAAAUUAACAUAGAUGAUCCAGUCCGAGGAACAGAGCAGAGAAUGACCGUCAGUGCCUCGGGGACCCGUGGGGCUGGGUCAGCGUGCAAACUGGGCCCGGAAAGAGGGGAGAGUCAGAACUGGGUGGAAAAAAUAGUUGAAGAAAUAGUGGCCAAAAAGUCCCCAAACGUGAUGAAAAACAUCUAAGAGACUCCAGAAGUUCGGGGAAACCUAAGCAAGAUAAAGAAAAAAGCCCCAAACCACCCCUGGGGACAUCGUGGUCCAUGUACUGCAAACUAAAGGUUUGGAGAAAAUUUUCACGGAGCCACAGAGAAAAGACAUGUUUGAACCAGGGACGUGUCAGUGAUUUCUCCUGAUGAACGAUGGAGGUGCGUCUCUAAAAGCCACUCAGAGUCUAGGAAUGAAGACAUUUGUAGGUAAAUGAAAGUGUAAGAGUUGGUCUCUCGCAUACGUGCAGGACAACAAAUAAAUGCUAAUCUGUUCUUCAGGCCGAGGGAAGUUACAGCUGGCGCCAACUCAGGUCUGUGGGAAGGAGAGCAUGUGCCGGGAGUGGGGGGCCCGAGGCUCAGUACACAUGCUGGUGAGCAUCCUCCUAGAAGGGGCUUUCCCGUUCCCUCCAUUUCCUCAUUCAUCUCUCUCACUGGGGACUCAGGGAUCCUUAUGUCCUUCCAUGACUUAUAAUCUGUUAUGGCCACUUGUCUUGAUUCUCAAAUCCAACCGGAUUUGUCCAGUGGAAGCUCCUUCAGGAUGGCUGCUGGGUCUUUUUGACACAUUUCCCUGAUUCCUCAGAUACAUUUUUACUUUCUGCCACAAGAAACGUUCCCAGUUCCUCCUGUGCUUUCCGUGACUCAGCCUUGGAGUAAUUUCUCCAAGGAGCCCCAGUUCCCUUUUGCAGAGAAGGGUGUUGAGAAAUGAAGAUCCGAGCGCCAGGAGCGCUCAGCUUUGCGCUGACUGGGGGGUAACUGCGUUUAACCUUCGCAGCACCAGAGCUUCCCCCUUCCGCACUCCCGUAUUUACAGCUCCCUUCCCGACACAGAGAACCCGUUAUCCUUGUGUGUUUACUCAUCUGAUGCUUCCCAGCGCGUGAGGAAAGUCGUUUCAGGACCGCUCGCCUAAACCACGAGGAAAACAAGCCCGCCAACCAGAACUCGGGAUGUUCACCGUUCCUGUCGUCUUUAGCCUGAGAAUAUGUAGAAAAAGACUCUGUCCAAAGUUGCUCAGGGUCGAUUUCUCCCCUUUCAGUUCAUUCGUUUAUUCCAUUUCAAGGACUUGUUUAUUUUGGGUGUGAUGUAUUACCAUGAUCCCAAAGUCAAAACUACACACAACAGGGGUCCUCCGAGGAGCCCGACUUCCUCCCACUCUUCCCCCUACCUCUUCCCCAUCACAGCUCACCCCCUGCAGGUAACCAAGCUCAUUCGACUCUGGUUCCUCCUUCCUGUGUUUCUUCCUGCAGAAAUAAGCAGACACAGGUGUGUUUUCUCGUCUCCCUUGCUGCCUUACCCGGAAGCUCGCAUACUUCACAUGCCCUCUGGCACUUUGCUUUUUUUCUCUUUACAAUAUAGCCUGUGUAUCAUCCACAUCACUUCUUGGAGGUCCUCCUUGUUAUUUUUUACAGCUGCACAGGACUCUGUUGUGGAUACAACAUCUUUUACUCCAACAAUCUUCUGUGGAUGGGCGUUUAAGUGGUUUCCAACAGUUUCCAAUCACGAACAAUGCUUCUGUGAAUAAC